UCUUCAGGCCGGCUGCAGCGGGGAAGAUGGCGGAACGCGGCUAUAGCUUUUCGCUGACCACUUUCAGUCCUUCUGGGAAGCUUGUUCAGAUCGAGUAUGCCCUGGCGGCCGUAGCUGGAGGAGCCCCUUCUGUUGGAAUUAAAGCGGCCAACGGCGUGGUGCUGGCCACGGAGAAGAAGCAGAAGUCCAUCCUGUACGACGAAAGGAGCGUCCACAAGGUGGAGCCCAUCACCAAGCACAUCGGCCUGGUCUACAGCGGCAUGGGCCCCGACUACAGAGUGCUGGUCCACCGAGCCCGGAAGCUGGCGCAGCAGUACUACCUGGUGUACCACGAGCCCAUCCCCACGGCCCAGCUGGUGCAGAGGGUGGCUUCAGUGAUGCAGGAGUACACACAGUCGGGGGGUGUCCGUCCUUUCGGGGUGUCGCUGCUCAUUUGUGGUUGGAACGAGGGCCGGCCCUAUUUGUUCCAGUCGGAUCCCUCUGGAGCUUACUUUGCUUGGAAAGCUACAGCCAUGGGCAAGAACUACGUGAAUGGGAAAACUUUCCUGGAGAAAAGAUACAAUGAGGAUCUGGAGCUGGAGGACGCCAUUCAUACAGCCAUCUUAACACUCAAGGAGAGCUUUGAAGGGCAGAUGACAGAAGACAACAUAGAGGUGGGCAUCUGCAACGAGGCGGGGUUCCGAAGGCUCACCCCCACCGAAGUCAAGGAUUACCUGGCCGCCAUCGCAUGAGCGUCAGCCCGAGCGGCCCCGAUUUACGAUUUGAAGCGUUUCCAAAUGUUUGGGUUCUUCUGGUUUUUGCAUACUUCUUUCUACCUAGUUGAGUGGACUCGAGUUUUUAAAACGACAGCUGUCGGCGAUCCUAAUAAAAGUGCUCAAUCCA